AUGUCCCGCCGGGCUCCGCUCAGGCCCUGGCUGCCCUUUGGUCAGGGCAGGGCCUCCCCCUUCACCUUCCAUUUCUCCCUUGGGACUUGGGUGCCCCCAGCAGAAAGCGGUGCAGGCCAUGGGGCCGCGGCGCGCGCAGGGCAGGCGGAGGCCCAGCAGCUGCAGGAGCUGUGGAGCAGGACGGAGAGGGCAGAACGGAGGCUGCUGGCCUGCGAGAACCUGGUCGGGGAGCUGGGCAGCAACCUGGCCGCCCUGCAGGUAGACUCACGAGUACGCAGCUUACAAUGUGGAGAACCUCCUCAAGAACGGAACUUCUGGAUCGCGGCUGCCCCAGCUCCCGGGGUGAGAUCCCAAGGUAACGGCGUCCAGCUGGCCCCUGGAAGUACCCGCGCCUGGGAGUCCUGUACGCGGGUGCAGCAGCCCUGGCUGGGCUCACUGAGCGCCAGCAGCCAAAGCCAAGCCAACCACACGCAGGUGCCGGUGACGUUCGAUGAUAUCUCGGUGUACUUCAACGAGCAGGAGUGGGAGCGACUGGACUGCUGGCAGAAGGACCUGUACAGGGCUGUGAUGAGGGGCAACUAUGAGACACUGAUCUCCCUGGACUAUGCCGUGUCCAAGCCUGACAUUCUCUGCCGGAUUGAGAGGGGUGAAGAGCUCUGCACCAAAGAUGGCCAGGAGUCCUCACAGACACGUAUCAGAGAGGAUCAGGAGCCCCAACAGGAACCAGAGGAGGACCACGUGGAAGAGGCUUUGGAAGAAGAUGCAGUUCCCAUGGAAGCUAACAGAGAGCAUACCGGGCCCAAGCCUGACAUUCCCCCCCGGAUCGAGAGGAAUGAGGAGCUCCGUGCCAAAGAUGUCCAGAAGAUCCCACGGAGACGUGCGAGGGCAGGUGAUGAGCCCCCACAGACACGCAGUAGAGCCAGGCAGAAGGCUCCUCAGGCAGGCAUCGCGGGUGCUCAGAAGCCCCCGCAGGCACCAGAAGAGAUGAAGCAGAGGAAAAAGGCUUUAGGAAAGGAUAAAGUCCCCAUGGAAGGUAACAGAGAACUCCCCAUCCUGGUGAUGAACGUCAUGUCCCUGAGUGCACAAAAAACGCAGCUGCGGAGUGAGAAUCAGCCAGAGCCGGAUGAGAACCCAGCUGAGCCCAGCACCAAGGAAGGUUUAUUAAUGGAAAAGGAACCGGCAUGUGACAAGGCUUCUCCUAAAAACGUCAAGGUGAAGGAAGAGGAGCCCAAGGUGUUACAAGAGGUUUCUGCAGCCUCUUCCAGCACAGAUUUCCCCAAGUGCCCCAAAAGCGAGCAGGGCAAGGCCCGGAGCAAGAAGAAGCCGAGCCGGUGCGCGAGCAGCAGCCUGCUCAUGGGCAACUGCCGGCGCGGCUACGUGCGCGAGUGGUCGCACCCCUGCACCGAGUGCGGGAAGCGUUUCCGCCUGAAGAUCAACCUCAUCAUCCACCAGCGGAGCCACGCCAAAGAGGGGCCCUACGAGUGCGCCAUCUGCGAGAUCAGCUUCGCGGACAAACGCCACCUCGACCUUCACCAGAGCAUCCACAUAAAAGACAGGGCUUUUGGUGCCAAGGUCUGGGGGAAUGUCCACCCCGAGCUGAGGAUCCGGCCCAGGGGGAAGUUCUGUGGGGCUCUCCUUGGAGAUACCCGCAGCCUGGGCAGCAGCUCCUACGCAGGGGGAGGGCCCUGGCUGGCCCAGCCCAAGGAGGAGGUGGACAGCCCGAGCCUGUCCAGUAUGUGUUUCUCCCGCCAGCAGAGCCCUAAGUCUCUGAGGAAGCCUGUAAUGAAAUGCAACCUUUGCAAAAAGAUCUUCUCUUGUACCUAUAACCUCCAUCGGCACCUGCAGACCCACACGCAGGAGAGGCCGUACUGCUGCCCCACCUGCAAGAAAUGCUUCACCCGUAAAACCCACCUCUUGCGCCACCAGAAGAUACAUGAGCGCCAGAAUGCCCUGGUUGGGCUCCCGCAGAGCGUGCCGGUGUCCCAGCAGCCCCAGCCACAAGAAGCCCCUGAGGUGCCCACGGGCAGGAGCGUUCCUCAUUCGCCAACCACGGCAUCCGAGAGGAACACGAGCCCUGCAGCCAAAACUGUGCCAGCAAACACACUCCCGCUCAGCCUGGCAGACCACAGGCUGCUGGACGUGAGCUGCCAUGGCUGGGCUGGGCAAAGCGUCCAGCCCGUGGUUAGGCUGGGGAACAGGGCGGUGGUUUCGAAGCUGAUGGAGAAAUGAUAACGGGCAAAGAGCCAAACUGCUUGUGGCCCCGGAGGGGAACUGCGUGAGCACUGAUAUUGCACAUGGUGGGACACUGGGAUUGUGAACCAUCUGUCCACUGGAUUUUAGGAGCUUUCCUGAAUUGUAAAAGGAAUCAAAAGCUUGGAGGCACCAUAGGCAGCAAAUUACAGAAGCCUCCAGUGAUCCAAACUGCUUUGCCAUUCCUCAGACUCUUGUGUCUGCUGGCUCAUGCCCCACGUUUUCCCAAGCUGACCUUCCUGGGGAAUCAUGAGCUGCAUCUCCUCAGCCAGGGAGAAGAACUGCAACAGCAGCAUGAUCACCCGUUACUUGAUGGCCCCUCGUGUGGAAACACAAUGACACGGUUGAAGAGACAGAGGGAAGGGAAAUCAAGCCAGCAAGCCAGGCAAGAUUCCCAAAGAACACUUCACUGACAAAGUUCAUUGGCAGACGCUGGAGUGAAGAGAGCGUGCAUCUCUGACACCCCACCGUGUUCCUGGCCACGCUUGGCCGAUACCCCACCCUGGUGAGGAAAUCUGCAUUGGAAGAUCCACAGAACAAAUCAAACCAUAACAUUUUCCACCUGUGAGGGUGCUGCAGGUGAUUCAGGGUCCCAGCAACACCCUUCUGGCAAGGAGGCCAGCCCCCGGGAGCCUGGUGAGUGUCAGUCCUCUUCAGGACCAGCCUGCACGGGGUGGAGAGUCACUUUAGAAACAACUUCACAGGUAAGAUGCCGCCUGCAGCACUGCAAGCACUGCAGCACUACACGCAAGGAACCCUCCCUUCGUGGCAGCUGCCACACAUCGAUGCUGGCUGUCACCUGGUCCCAUUGCACGAAGGGAAGGAAGCCCUCACUCUCCGAACUGCAUGUUGUCUCCUUUAGUCACGUGCAAAAUCCCGCUGUAACUAAUUCCUAUGGAAGACUAGUUCUUGCUACCUCAUACGGCUUGUGGAGUGGAGACCUGCCCUGAGGCAGACAGGUAACGGGAGCCUGGUGAGCAAUGGAAGCCAGGCCCAGCAGCCACAGAAUCAUGGAAUCAUAGAAUGGUUUGGGUUGGAAAGGACCUUAAAGAUCAUCAAGUUCAAAAACCCCCUGCCAUGGGCAGGGACACCUCACACUAGACCAAUGUACAGAGCGAGGCAGCGCCAUGCAGCCCAGAGGACUGGCUGCUAAAAACUAAAAGCUAAAAACUAAACCCUUGAGUUUAGUUUCCUGUUCAGGACUGUUUCCUUUCUUCGUUGCUUGAUGUAAUUAUUUGACACCCUCCAAGUCUCUGUACUUCUCCAGGCAGGUCAUGUGGAGAACCAGUCUGCUUUAUCCCAUUUCUCAUUCCUGGCUACUCCGGUGGGGAGCAUGGCAAGUGUCACUGCUGCUCCUGGGGGACACAAGUGACUUCCCACUGCUCCUCUGGAUGGUUUCUCACUCAGUUCCUGUCCCCUGGGAUUGCAGUGCCUGGAUGCAGUGUUUGCCAUUGGGGGCUGACGGUGCCACACGCGUUGGCCUUGAGGGAUGGCGCUGCCUGCAGCAGAGCCCUGCAGGAUACCAGGGCCAGUGAUGCUUUUAUGGUCGUGUGCUGAUGGGUCUGGAGCAGUGGUGUGUGUGGCAGUGACAGCACUGGUUAUCCCUGCCUGGGUAGAGCUCACAUGUAGGUCCCACUGACACACGUGAUGGUUUGGCUGGUGGGUGAUGCCUCCGAGGCGCAAGCACAAGUGGCGGUGGACGGGCCAGCCUCUCCCUCUGGCUGACUGCCUUGGCCAGGGCUUUUCUUCUGAAGCUGUUGUGAUUGGGACCAGCAUUUCCUGUGAAAUCCCAGAUCCUUUUCUCAGGCUAUGGAAUCAAUAAAGUAUUUGUCUGUACAUCUGC